AUGGUUGACUUGAAUGAUUUUGGCAUUCCUCAACCUGCAGAUCGAUGGGCAAACUUUGUUCGGAAGGUAUUGUGGACUUUCCGUGGAAGGCUUCAUGCCAUCCCAGGAAUGAAGCUAGCAGCUGAUCCAACACGUGCUCCUUCAACUUCAAAUGCAGAAUCAACCAAGCCUAGUAAUGGUAAUCAAACACGGACAGAUCAGAAACAGCUCUCAAGGGAAAAUGUUCCAGCGACAGAGGGAGUAAAUGUAGACAACUCACAAGUUUAUCUUUAUUCAUUUCUUGAGGAUAGUGAAAGUGAACAGUGGAAUGGACUAGCACAUGAUGAAGCUGCAGAAAUAGCUAAAUACAGUCGUAAGCUUGGCGUCACCUUAGAAACAGCUGCAUUGUGUUGCAAGUACAUGUUGUUACUGAAUUCCAGGGGUGUCGACACACUAGACUUCAACUGGGCCACCCAUGCCUCCAACUAUUGGGUUUGCGAUGGAAUUAUACAAGAAUACCAGCAGGACAAAGCAUGGGAGGUAGCCACUGCUUUGCUCGAAGAAGUGAAACUAGAGGAAUUCUCAUCUUAUAAAUUGCCCGAAUUUGGUGAUAAGACACGCUGGGUUGUAGCCACCGAUCCUUAUAGAGUUGAAGAAAUUAAGCCAGAGACAACAUCAUUUUUUUUUGCCAACAAUAGGGGACAGGGGGUAGCAUCAUUACCCACUAAAAUAUUCCAGAGAUCUGCUGAGCAGCUUCAUGUACUGAAACUUUGCCUCUGUACUUUCAGCUUUUCUUCACCGCCUUUCCUUCAUUGUCAGAAGAUAAGAUUUCUUGGACUGGAUAAGUGCAAGGAUCAGCCAAAGAAACUAGAAGGAAAAGAGGAAGAUGACAGACGAAAAAAUAAUUUCUUCCAGAGUCUAUGGGUGCUUGACAUAUGUGACACAGAUUGGGAACUGGACUUAUCCCUGAAUAUAAUUGAGAGUAUGCUUCAAAACAUUAGGGAGAUACAUAUAAAGAGGGAAAGAAUCUGGAGCAAUAGUAAUGCAUGGACAUGGAGACAUGUACACAAUAUUCACAAGCUUCGAGUGAUUGAACCUACAUUGCAUUGGAAAGACGAGGGUAAGGAUGAAGAGAUGAAGGAUGAAUUCAUGAAUAUGUCCAAGCUAGAGCUCCUUGAUUUGUCAGGGAAUAGCACAAUAAAAGCUUUGCCAAGAUUAUCAGGUGCAACUAGCCUCAGCACUCUGGUUCUAGAUGGCUGUAUUGGGUUGACAACAGUUGCCCCUGAAGAGCUGCCACCAUCCCUGGAAACAUUUAGCUUUGAUGCAGGGGAAGGAAAGCAAUACAACAAGAAAGCUAAGAUCUCUCGCAUCUCCAUGGCUGGUUGUGCAAGGCUGGAGAACUUCAGAUUGCGUGGAUCUCUUCCGAAUCUUGAGGAGCUGGACCUUUCCAACACAUCGGUCAAAACACUUGACCUGAAAGAUGAGGUGGUGCAGGUCUCAUUCCUGCAACGACUCAUUUUGUUGGGAUGUGAGCAAAUCCGUGCUAUACUUUGGCCAAAGGCUGGAAUGCCCAAACUAGUGGUGCUGCGCAUUGACACUCGAGGAGGCACAGAAGUAGCUAGAUCAGAAACACCUCAUGAUGCUGAUUACUCUUUGGUCAUCAGCAAGGAGCAUGAAGAGAUGUGCCUUGCACGUGUUGCUGUUACGGACAUGAGCAAAAAUGAUGAUGGGCAAAACAACAGGAAGGAGAAAAUUGGCCUCCCAUCGGUUGCAUCACGUCUGCACAAGUUCCCAGUUCUCAAGAGUCACCAGAUCUAUAGUGAUAUCAACACUAAUGAGGCAACGGGCAAUCAUGAUAACAGCAGUGCGCCGUAG